AGGAGGCCACGCCUCGGCGUCACGUGCCCGCCGUCUCAGCUGACCCCGAGCGACAGGAAGGAGAAAGUCCCGGGCCGGGCUUUCUGGCGCGAUGAGGUUCCGGUUCUGUGGAGAUCUGGACUGUCCCGACUGGGUCCUGGCGGAGAUCAGCACACUUGCCAAGAUUUCCUCUGUGAAGCUGAGGCUGCUGUGCAGCCAGGUGCUGAAGGAGCUUCUGGGACAGGGGAUUGAUUACGAGAAGAUCCUGAAGCUCACAGCUGACGCCAGGUUUGAGUCAGGCGACGUGAAGGCCACGGUGGCAGUGCUGAGCUUCAUCCUGUCCAGUGCGGCCAAGCACAGCGUGGACGGCGAGUCCUUGUCCAGUGAACUACAGCAGCUGGGGCUGCCUAAAGGCCCCACCUUCACUCUGCCCCAGAGCACGCGGCCAGCCUGUGUCGCUGUUACGAAGAGAAGCAAAGCCCUCUGCAGGAGCAUCUGCGAGCCGGCAGCCUGCGCGGUGAGGGUGGCGCGCGCCUGCGCGGUGAGGGUGGCAUGCGCCAGGGGGAAUCUGGGCUCCGUUCUUCAAGGGCAUGUAGAUGGGAGGCACUUGUCCUCACUUGUCCUCAGAAGUUACCCAUGAUCACACAUCACAGAGCCGGGCCUGCGGACUCCAGCUAGGCUUCUCUCCUCUGGGGUCCGCUGUGGAUCAUUUGAGCUCCCAGUUAAUGAGCACCUGCCCUGGGUCAGAGGUGAAAGGGAGAAGAGCUUCCAAAGGUCGCACAGCCUGGAAGGCUUGUGGGCUGUCUGGCCUGCCUCCUUGGUCCUGAGAGCCCCACCCCAUGUCGCAGUGAACAGGCUGGCCAGCGUGGGCUGGCGGGUAGACUACACCCUGAGCUCCAGCCUGCUGCGCUCCGUGGAAGAGCCCUUAGUACACCUGCGGCUGGAGGUGGCAGCUGCCCCGGGUGCCCCAGCCCAGCCGGUUGCCAUGUCC